AUGGGAUAUAUCACCCCAGAAUUCAGCAAGUGGCCGGGCUACCUUUCCCCAACUUUGGGCAUCAAGUUCGCUGACGUCCCCAAUGGUCUCGCAGCUAUCUCCAAGGUUCCCAUUUCAGGCUGGACCCAGAUCCUCCUGUGGGGGGCGUACUGCGAGACAUCUCAGGAUCAGUCUCCUGGCACCCCAGGUGCUGCAGGCGAUUUCGGAUGGAAGGUGCUGACUUCCGACGAUGCUGAGACCAAGACGAAGAAACUCGCAGCGGAGCUUGCCAACGGAAGGCUUGCGAUGAUGGCCAUCAUCGGCAUGUUCUUUCAGGAUGGCCUGACCGGAAGCGCCUGGGGUGACUGGGCCAACUACACCGCUUCCCCGCUUCGUGCAUUCGAGAGCGAGCUCGGCGUGCAAGACCCUGUCGGAUUCUGGGAUCCAGUUGGAUUCACUUCCGAUGGCGAUGUUGCCUCCUUCAAGCGCCGACGUUCCGUCGAGCUGAAGCACGGCAGGAUCUCGAUGAUGGCAACCAUGGGCUACAUCACCCCUGAGAUCACGGGCAAGCUGCCUGGCUUCCUGUCGCCGUCCGCCGGCCUGAAGUUCGCCGACAUCCCGAAUGGGCUUGCGGCAGUCUCCAAG